AUCUUGGAAUGUGCGAAGAAGAAGAAUCGAACAAAAAGCAAGCGAAAAAUCUUUAAGCGUAUUUAUUUAAAUGUAUAAAUUGCAUAAAUCUAUAUAUUUAUUAAGGCCAAGCACAUCAAUUUAAUGCUCUACUUAACAAUAUCAAAGAAAUCCCAGCAUAGCUGCCACGUAGCGUUUGCCCAAUAAGGCUGAGCCACACAAAAAAUCGAAAUCUCCGACGGCCCGAAGAAGACGCUAAGUUUCUGGCCAGGCACAGAGCAGAAGCAGAGCAGCAGAUUUGUUUUAUUUGCGGGGCAGGUGAUAUAACAAAAUAUACUCGCCACAGUUCGAAGCGGACUAUGUCUGUCUAUUUGCGCCAGCAGAAACCACAAGAGCACACAUAGCCAUGGCUGCGACGAGAAAAUUGCAAGGCGAAAUUGAUCGAUGUUUAAAAAAGGUAGCUGAGGGUGUGGAGACGUUCGAGGAUAUUUGGAAAAAGGUACACAAUGCUACAAACACCAACCAGAAGCAAAAGCAUCUGCAGGAGAAGUAUGAGGCAGAUCUCAAAAAAGAAAUUAAAAAACUGCAGAGAUUACGAGAUCAAAUUAAAUCAUGGAUUGCGUCUGCCGAGAUCAAAGAUAAAAGCGCGCUGCUCGAGAAUCGAAGGCUUAUUGAAACGCAAAUGGAACGAUUCAAAGUCGUGGAACGUGAGACAAAAACAAAAGCGUAUUCCAAGGAAGGUUUGGGUGCCGCACAAAAAAUGGAUCCAGCGCAACGGAUUAAGGAUCAUGCGCGCAAUUGGUUAACCAGCUCAAUUAGUACACUGCAAAUACAAAUUGAUCAGUAUGAGAGCGAGAUUGAAUCGCUGCUGGCGGGCAAAAAGAAACGUCUCGAUCGCGAUAAACAGGAGCGGAUGGAUGAUUUGCGCAGCAAACUCGAUCGACAUAAAUUCCACAUAACCAAAUUGGAAACGUUGCUGCGAUUGCUGGACAACGAUGGCGUCGAAGCAGAUCAAGUGAACAAAAUCAAGGAUGAUGUCGAAUACUAUAUCGAUUCAUCGCAAGAGCCCGAUUUUGAGGAGAAUGAGUUCAUCUAUGACGAUAUCAUUGGACUCGACGAGGUCGAGUUGAGCGGCACAGCAACAACGGAUAGCAACAAUAGCAACGAAACGAGCGGUUCACCGAGCAGUGUCACAUCAGGCGGCAGUCCACCACAAUCGCCAGUCACAGUGCAGCAGGUGCUGCCUUCCUCCUCAUCAUCAAUAGCACAGGCGGCGACGACAGCGGGUGGCAGCAGCAGUAGCAGUGGCGCGGGCGGUCCGGGUGGCACUAGCGCAGCAAGUGCAGCGCAAUUCCAGCAUAUGCAGGCUGCAGCAGCAGCGGCGGCGGCAGCAGCAGCGACACAGCAGCAAUCGAAUGGUAACAAUGUGGGAUAUGCGAGUGACACAAGCGCUGCAUCAUCCUCAGCGACAACGUCCACAGAGGCGACAACGGGCGGCGGCAGCGAGAAGCGUAACAAAAGCAGCGAGAGCAGCGGCAACAGCAGCAAAGCUAAGCAGCAACCUCAGCAGCCGAUCAAGCCGACACCAGUGCGUGCAACAUCUAAAACGCCUGCGGGUAGUGAUACUCCAGUCAAUAAGAUUAUCAGCUCAACGCCCAGCAAAAACCAGCAGCAACAGCUUCCUACGGCCGCCUCCAUAUUGGCGUCAAGCGGGACGCAAAAUAACAACAACAGCAGUAGCAGUAGCAGCAGUAAUGUUGUUGCCAGUGGUCACAAUCCUGCCGUGCAGCCACACGCUCCAACGCCUGGUCUAAAUGCCGCCAAUGUUGCCGCCGCUUCCGCCAGCACAGCAACAGCAGCAGCGGCCGCCGCUGCGGCAGCAGCAGCGAGUAAUAGCAGCAGCAACAGUAGCAACAACAUUCAAGGCCAAUCUGUGAUUCAAGCGACACCAACAAUUGCAUUUGCAGCGGUGGCUAAACACAACACAUCACUACUGGAAAACGGACCUGUGCUGCAGCAACAACAGGCAACAGCUCCCACGGUGGCUGCCAUUGUGAGCGCCAGCGCACAGGCACAACAGCAGCAACAACAACAACAGCAGGCGACGCAAUUAUCCAAUCUUCAAACGAAUUCCUCACAUAUGCAAAACGGACUGCCUGUCUCGCUCAGCAGCAGCAGCAGUGGUAGCAGCAACAGCAGCAGCGGCAACAACAACAACAAUAAUAGCAGUGCUGUCGAUGCGAUUUCAUUGAAAACCAUGGCACAGGAAGCCAUUAAUCGAUCCGUGAUCGAACCCAAUUCCCUAAAUCAACAGCAAGCCACUAACAUAGACACGAGACAGCAGCAGCAACAAGCAGCGCAGCAAUCGCUGUUACAACAGCAUUUCAGCACCGAUACAACUGCCAACCAACAACAGCAACAACAACAGCAGCAGCAGCAACAGCUUCAACAACAGCAAGCAACAGCCGCAGCAGCGCAACAACAACAGCAAAAUGCAGCGGCGGCAGCAGCAGCAGUUGCAGCAAUUGGUACAAUCGUUGCGGCAGCAAGCAAUGGUCCCACAGCGGGCAGUGGACUCAUGAAUCUGGCAAAUGCUGCCGGUCAGCCGAACAGUGGUAGUGGCGGUGGUGUCGUUGUCCCAACUAAUGCCAAGACGCAUACACCGCAGCAGCAACAACAACAGCAGCAGCAACAACAACAACAGCAACAGCAAAUUGCAACAACAGAGGCGCACAUACCACCGCUGUUAGGCGUGACGCCGCUGGGUCCGACGCCGCUGCAGAAAGAGCAUCAGGUGCAAUUCCAGAUGAUGGAAGCCGCAUUUUAUCACCUGCCACAGCCCAUUGACACCGAGAAACUGCAAACGUAUUUUCAUCGCUACCCGGUGCAAACGCCAGCGCACUAUCCACAGGUGAGUCAGGCACAGCUGCCCAUCUACGAUACCGUUGAAUUCUAUCAGCGGCUCUCCACGGAGACACUGUUCUUUGUAUUCUACUACAUGGAGGGCUCCAAGGCGCAAUAUCUGGCCGCUAAGGCGCUUAAAAAGCAGAGUUGGCGCUUCCACACCAAGUACAUGAUGUGGUUUCAGAGGCACGAGGAGCCCAAGAUUAUCAACGAUGAUUACGAACAGGGUACGUACAUCUACUUUGAUUACGAGAAAUGGAGUCAGCGCAAGAAGGAGGGCUUCACCUUUGAAUACAAGUACUUAGAAGACAAGGAGCUGAAUUGAAUACUGCGUUGUUGUGAUGCGAAUGCGAAUGCGUCGUCGGCUGUCCACAGAGAACUCCCAAAAUCCAUAGCAACAUCAACAUUUACACACAAUCAACAACAACAACUACAAUAAAAAAAAUCAAUAGCAUAUACAAUAAUCAUAAAUCUACGUACAUACCUACACACACACACACGCACACACACAUAACCACUCACUCACACACACAAUUACAGAAAAGCGCGCCGUAUGCAUAAGUCAAAAGAAGGGAAGUAAUGAAGUAUAAUUCUUGUUCGGAAAAUGCAUGUAAAAACAUAUGCUUUUUUAUAUAAAUGUUUAAUUGUUUAUUAUUUUUUUUUUAAAUUACUUUCCUAUACAAUUUAAAAAUUGAAAAACAAACAAAACGAAAUCUACAAGAAAAAACAAACAGAAACUUAAUUUAAAUUGAAACUAUAAAAAAGUUAUGUAAAAUGUGUGCGACAAAUUUGAAAUUUCUGGCAAUCGCCCCCG